AUGGGUAACUCCGGCUCUCGUCCCCAACAUCUCCCUGCGUCUGCUACAGCACCAGCCGCCUCCCUUACUGCCGCCCGUCUCGCUGCCCGUGCAGCUCGUCCAGCUUCUGAACCCAGUUCAUCCCCACCUACCCCACCAAUAGAUGGCCCUGCAUCCUCAGACGGUUCUACAGAUGAUUCCACCCUUCGUGCCCACCUUCGCAGUUACCGCCUAGGUCCUGCUACUUCACGUGAUCGUCGACGUUCCUCUUCUGCAGACCCUGCAGCAUCUUACCACAGUAGUGUACCGCUAGCACGCCAACUUCGUCACCAUUCACUAGGUCAACUCGUGCUGCCUCAGGGUCCCCGUCAUAAGCAUCGCCAAGGUCACGCCCACUCUGCGUCUCUUGAUGCAACCGCAGCUGCCACAACUGCUUCUGCCUCUGCUUCUGUAGCUUCUUCUAAUGCAACUACAAGUGCGCCUAUACGCCAACCUCCGAUCCUUAAGAAGAGUCAUUCGUCUGACACACUGCCUUCAUCACAUCAUGGCCAUACCACACCACGCCAUUUGCAAGCCCAUGGUCGGGCCAAUCGUGGUCAUGUACGCUCGAGUUCACUCACCACUGAACGUAUAUCGCCUAUUACGUCACCACAUACCUCACCUCAUGACUCACCACACUCGUCACCUCCAACCUCACCAUUAGUGUCCGCACUAUCAGAUUCGAACCCAGUAUCUUCUACAGCGCAGCUCAACGUAUUAGAGCCCAUGAUCUCUAACACUUCUGCAGCUUCUGGUGCAUCUUCAGGCGUUGCUUCCUCAUCAUCUCGAAUUUCAGUGGAAAAGAAACGACAAUAUUUAGACCAUUUCCCUAAGAAUGUUUCGCCCGAUGAUUCACAAAUGACUAGUCCCGUAACGACGCCUUUAACAUCUCUCAAUCACCCAGCUUCUUCAUUAGUCCAUUCGAGAAAGGAAUUAUCUACACUAGAUGUAGACUCCGUAAUUGAGAAACUAUUGGAAGUUGGGUAUUCCGGCAAAAAGACUAAGGCAUUUGCCAUCAAAAACACGGAAAUCAUUAAAAUCUGUGCACGAGUGCGCGAGAUCUUCCUAUCACAACCUGCAUUGCUUGAACUGUCACCACCAGUGAAAAUUGCUGGUGAUAUUCACGGCCAAUUUCAUGAUCUCUUGCGUCUCUUUCACAAGUGUGGAUUCCCACCAUCAUCCAACUAUCUAUUUCUAGGUGACUAUGUCGACCGUGGUAAGCAAUCUCUCGAGACAAUUUUGCUGCUCUUGUGUUACAAGAUCAAAUAUCCAGAAAACUUUUUCCUUCUGCGUGGUAAUCACGAAUGUGCCAACGUGACCAAGGUCUACGGCUUCUAUGACGAGUGCAAGCGCCGUUGCAGCGUCAAAAUAUGGAAGGUCUUUGUAGACACGUUCAAUACGUUACCUCUUGUGUCAGUGGUUGCCAAAAAAAUAUUUUGUGUUCAUGGCGGGUUAUCGCCUGUGUUGAAUUCACUCGAUGAGAUCAAGCAUGUAGCCCGCCCCACCGAUGUGCCGGAUUUUGGUCUUGUUAAUGAUUUACUAUGGUCAGAUCCAACUGAUUCACCCAAUGAAUGGGAGGAUAAUGAAAGAGGAGUCAGUUUCUGUUACAACUCGGUAUCUAUCAACAAGUUCUUGAAAAGGUUCAAUUUAGAUUUGGUUUGUAGAGCUCACAUGGUAGUCGAAGACGGCUACGAGUUUUUCAAUAAUAGAACCCUGGUAACUGUAUUCAGUGCACCAAAUUAUUGCGGAGAGUUUGAUAAUUGGGGUGCUGUCAUGAGUGUUGAUAAGAACUUGUUAUGUAGUUUUGAAUUAUUGGAUCCGUUAGACAACGAAACUUUAAAGAGGAUUAUGAAGCGUAUAUCUAACACAAACACAACUGAGUAG